GACUUGGCGCGUCCCGCGCGUGCCCAGUAUGCUGCGACAGUUUGGGGACUGCGCUGGGUCGCGCGGCGCCGGCUGAACAGCCUCCUUAAGGCAUGCGCGGCGCCGGCUGAACAGCCUCCUUAAGGCAUGAGGAGCUGUAAUCUGGCUGCUGCCUUCCCCUCGCUCCAGCGUCAUGGAAUGCCUCCGGAUCCUGACCGGGCUCCUGCCCCGCUCGGCGGGGCUGCCCCGGCGGACCCUGUGCGCCCUGGCCUUGGGCCUCUGCCCCGUGGCUCGCCCUGUCGCCUCCUGCGGCCGCUCGACCCGCUUGCUGGGAAGAAUCUGGGCCGCACCACUGUGCUGGCCCCGCCCGACCCGCGUGGCAGGUGAAGUGCACCGGUUUAGAACGUUUGACAUUUCUCAAGCCACUCUAGCCAGUGUAGCCCCGGUGUUUACUGUGACAAAAUUUGACCAAGAGGGAAAUGUUACUUCUUUUGAAAGGAAAAAAACUGAAUUAUACCAAGAAUUAGGUCUCCAAGCCAGAGAUUUGAGAUUUCAGCAUGUGAUGAGCAUCACAACCAGAAACAACAGGAUUAUCAUGAGGAUGGAGUAUUUGAAAGCUGUGAUAACUCCAGAGUGUCUAUUGAUACUAGAUUAUCGUAAUUUAAACUUAGAGCAAUGGCUCUUCCGGGAACUUCCAUCACAGUUGGCUGGAGGUGGUCAACUUGUCACAUACCCUUUACCUUUUGAGUUCAGAGCUAUAGAAGCACUCCUACAGUAUUGGAUCAACACCCUUCAAGGGAAACUUAGCGUUUUGCAGCCACUGAUCCUUGAGACAUUGGAAGCUUUAGUGGAUCCCAGACAUUCUUCUAUAGACAGAAGUAAACUGCACAUCUUACUACAAAAUGGCAAAAGUCUGUCAGAGUUAGAAACAGAUAUUAAAAUUUUUAAAGAGUCAAUUUUGGAGAUCUUGGAUGAAGAGGAGUUGAUAGAAGACCUCUGUCUGACAAAGUGGACUGACCCCCACAUUUUUGAAAAGAGCAGUACUGGCAUUGACCACGCAGAGGAGAUGGAGCUGCUGCUGGAAAACUACUACCGCUUAGCUGAAGACCUUUCCAACGCAGCCCGGGAGCUCAGGGUGCUGAUUGACGACUCACAGAGUGUUAUUUUUAUCAAUCUGGACAGCCACCGGAAUGUGAUGAUGAGGUUGAAUCUACAGUUGACCAUGGGAACCUUCUCUCUUUCACUCUUUGGACUAAUGGGAGUUGCUUUUGGCAUGAAUUUGGAAUCUUCCCUUGAAGAGGACCAUAGAAUGUUUUGGCUGAUCACGGGGAUCAUGUUCAUGGGAAGUGGCCUCAUCUGGAGGCGUUUGCUUUCGUUCCUUGGGAGACAACUAGAAUCUCCUUUGCCUCCUCGGAUGUCUUCUUUACCUAAAAAGACCCUUCUGUCUGACAGAAGGAUGGAAGUGAAAAACAGCCUCAGGCCGGAUGGACUUGGAGCAAGCAGAAAUAUCCUAACAACCCGUUAGCAACAACCUGGAGACUAAAUAUUUUUGUAUACCUUUUUUUUUUUUUUUUUUGGUACCAGGGAUUGAACUUGGGACCUUGUACUUGUGAGGCAGGUGGCGGAACCACUGAGCUAAAUUCCUGGCCUUUUUUAAACUUCUGAUACUGUUAUAAUUUCUUUUAUAGUCACACACUUGAAAAAAUCAAUAUUUAAAUUACAAUGUCUGAUAAUGUAUGGCAGUCACAAUUCUAGGAUCUGAUUGCAUUUCCAGAAUUCUGAGUAAACAGUUAAGCUUGUUUUGUGAAAGACCAAAAAUCCUAUUUCCUACAGACUUUAAAUACUGUUUUUAUAGAUAGGAUGUGGGGCAUAGAGAAUAAUUUAAUAGAAGAAUAGACUUAUAUAGGGCCAGGGAUUUAGCUCAGUGGCACCAUGCCUGCCUGGCAAGCACAAGGUCCUGAGUUCAAUCCCCAGUACCAAAACAAACAAAGAAGAGACUGAUAUAGACUUUAUUUAAUUUAUACAUAAAGAAAAGUGCAAUCUCAUGCUGAGCUAAGCCUCGAAGCUUUCAAACCCAUGGUUUCUGAGGUCAGAUAUGGCAGUUCUUAAUACAGGGAAUCCUGUUCAAGUGAAUUUGCUCACUCAGUUGCCUGAAGUGCUAGCAUAAUACUUCCUACCAUUAAAACAAACUCUGGAAGUUUGUGCUUUAAAAACAAUCCUUAGGCCGGGCUUGGUGGCACACACCUGUAAUCCCAGCACUCGGGAGGCUGAGGCAGGAGGAUUGCUGCGAGUUCAAGGCCAGCUUGGGCUGCAUAGUGAGUUCAAAGUUAGCCUGAACUAUCUAGCAAGACCCUGUCUAAAAAGAAAAAAAAAAAAAAAAUCCUUGGCAUAACCUUAUUUUCUUGCAUUUGCCCCCUUUUAUAUAUAUGGUAAAUAAAAAGAUAGAAGGAUAAUCAGCAUUUCACUUUAACCCCUAAAACUUUUUCUUUGCUUGGCUAUUAGUAGAGCUGUUGAAAGGAAGUGUUUCCAUUCUGUUACCGUUUCAUAGCUAAUUUGUUGAUUUUUUUGAUUUCUAAAGAUUUUUUAAAUUAUCUUUCCCAAAAGGAAAAUGUGGACCAACUAAUCUAUAUGUGUACACUUCAAAAGUUAACAGAUGGGCUUCCUAAAACAAGAGAGUAGGUAAAUGUUAGCAUUCUGAUACCUUUUUGUUUUCAUAAUAAGUUUGGUUUAAAACAAAUGACUAAUAUUGACAAGUCUGAAAGCUGUAUCUUAAUAUCUUACCUGCUGCUGUAUAUUUUCUGGAGGUUUGGUGCAGUCACAUACUAGAGUGUUACAGUUAAACAUGCCUCCAAAAGUAUCGUGCACUGGAGAGUCUAGAAUGACCAAAGCAGCCCUUGGACUACAGAUGCAGUAGUAGGAAGAGAAUAAAUAGCCCUGCCCUGACGAUGCUGAUUCCUAAUGUGAUGAAGAAAUUUAGGGGUCCGUUUACCAGGUGUUUUGGUGAGAGGAUAAAAAUGCUGCUCCAGGAGCUGAGUUUGAGACAGGAUAAGGUUACAGAUAAGGUUCCCUCCAUCCUGUAUGUGGCUGUGAGAAGCCUUUAUUGGGAGGCUGGAGACUGAUCAGAGGGGCAUAAAACAGGCAGGACUGGCCUUAACCCACUUGGCACCCCCCGGGGGUCAGGCCAGGCCUCACGGUGGACACUGCAGUGGGAACGUGGACUACCUCCAGCGUUACAAAGCCUUAUGAUUGUCAAGAUCACCUUUGAGAAUCCGUGGAAUUCACUUCACAGGCACCCUUCUUUAGCAUGCCUCAAAAUACUGCGCUGCUAUUCUUGGCCUUACCAAUGUAAAAUAAUAAAUACUAACUGUGAUCUAUGAAGAAUUGGAAUCCCAGAGGGCAAAGUUUAAGAGCAGGCAUAGGGUUGAAUUUUGGUCAUUUUCCUUCCUUAGUUUAUGUGCUUGAGUAAAAUAAUUGUAAUUGGUCAUGCCCCAGUAGUAAAAGUAAUGUAACUACCUCAGAAAUUUGAUAAAUGGAAGUUAUGGUUUUUAAAAUUCUUGAAGGUGGUUAGAUCAGGAAUGAUUUCAGAAUAUCAGCUAGCUCUGCCUGCUGAUUGCAGAGUACUUCUUACAGUUCUUAUGGAUAAUAAAACAGCCGAUGCCAAACAAUGCAGCUCAUUGGUUGUAAAUUUUGGAGUAAAUAGAGAACUUCAUUAUUUAAAAGAAAAGUGGUACAAUGCCAAACACUGAAAAAUGUGAAACAGCAAGCACUUCAUUGUAAACUGUAGCACUCUUAACAGUUGUCUCUAGGGGUUUCCCACCCAGUGUGGGCAGAAUCGAUGUCAUUUGGGAAUGCUGUUACCUCGUGCUUCUAUCUUGAUAAACACAGGCUGUGAAAC